GCAAGUAAACUUAUUCAAUUCAGUAAUUCAGUAUUGAUUGUUCAUGCAACGCAGCUGAUUCCGCUCCGGGAACAGCCGUAAAUAAACAAAAGAAAGCUUUUGUGCAGAAUGGAAUAAUCUAUAAAUUGUUAGGAAUUACAUAAAAUAUAUAGUUGAUCUGCCAAGAGAAUAAUAAUUUAGCCAGAUUUAAUUGCCAAAAAAAUAAAUAAAAAUGGGUGAUGAAGCUGGUGGAGGCGGAUAUGAUCAUUGUGCCUGUAUUUGGGAUCAUGCUAUGGCUAUGAGGAGGCUUCUGACUGUUCUGAGAAACUCGCAGACGGUUUGUACUGAUACCGAAUGUUUUGAACCAGGACUUGGCCUUCCAGGUACUUCUAACAACACGCCUGGUGAUUUAUUGUUGCUGACUGUGAUGUUGGGUAUUGCAUUGAUUAUGUUUUACUUUCGUCCCUGGCAUGGGCGAGCAACUGUCAAUCUUGAGAAAAAGAGGAAAGAUAACGGAGACUUUGAUAGAGCUCCACCAGCGCCACCAGUAGAUUAGUAGAUAAGUUAGUAUUUUACUAGAAACUUUUUAACAUUGUUGGGAGAUUUUAUUUUAUGGGUUUAUGUGGGUUAAAUAUAUCUAUGUAUUUUAAUACAACGAUCUUGCAACGAUAAUUUUGGGCUAUUAUAAACAAUUAUUAUUCUAUUGUUAACUUAGCAAUCUCUAUUGAUAAAAAAAACUCGAAUGUCCAGUUAUCUAAAAAAAAAUAUGACUUAAUAAUUGUUUUUAUUCAUAAGUAUUUUAAUUUUAUAAUUACAUAUAUGUUAGCUUUAAUAUACAUCAUAGUAUUAUAAAAAUAACAUUCCAUUCUGCACAAAGAAAUAUAAUAUGAUCGCACUUUAUUUUUUAAAACAAUAUUAAUUGUUUGUACUUUUGGUUUGGUUUGUUGAACUUAUAGUGAAUUAUUUUACAUGCUAAAUGAAAUUUAAUUGUAUAUUUACAUAAUAAAAUUAUGUGUAUAGUAAUAAAAUGGCAAAAAAUA